AUAUAUCCAUCUCCUUCAACUCUGAUUCUUCAGUCUUCGUGCUUCACUUACCAAUAGUCAUGGCUUCUAGUAUAUUUCAACUCCCUUUUCACGUAAUUCAUCCAAACCCUUCAGUUCUUCGAAAGCAGUUUGCCAUCAAAUGCACUUCUUCUUCAACACCAGAGCCAGAAACCGACCCUGACUUCCCAACUCCUAGCGAGGUAGCAACCACCCCUGCAGACAAAUUCCCCAUUGAAAAACGACGAAGAUCCGCAAUCAUCAGGGAUAGAAAAUCAAGAAUUGGGCUUGCAAAGCCUGAGCCACGAAACUUUGAGAUUGGGUGGAAGAGAACUAAGCCUAUUCAGAUAGAGGAGCCAGUUGGGUUUGUGAUAAUGGACUUCUUGGAGAAGCUGGAAGGAUUGAUAAUGGCACGACAAUAUGGGUCAACAGCUCUGUUGGCCAAGGUUGGAGAAAUAGUGGCGGAGAGAGCCAGAGAAGAAGCAGAGGUGUUGCAGGAGGAAGGAAAAGUCGAAGAGAGAAUGGUCACUGAGCUGUUCAGAGUGUUGAAGCUAAUGGAGAUGGACUUGGCCAUGGUGAAAGCUGCAGUGAAAGAAGAGACAUUAAAUGAGAGGCUUGAGCAAGCUACGGCAAGGUGUAGGCAAGCCAUUCUCGUUGCUAGUUCCUUUUGAGGUUCAUUGUUAUAAUAAACAUCAAAAAAUAAUAAACAUAAAAAGUCUUAGUAGCUUGGUGAAGGAAAGUUACUUCAUACGACAAAA